AUGCUCGCUUUCCUUAUCAACUUGAUUUUACUCUUUGCUAGUAGCACCAAUGCGGCCACCGCGGCUUCUUCUGGGCGACUCAAGGAAGCGCUCGCCACCUCGACACCUCAAAGAUUCAAGGAAGCGCCCAAGUUCUACAACUCCGCCACCUGCCCCGCCCUCAACACCCACGAGCACUCCUCCACCGUCUGCUCCGACGUGGCAGUGCACGUCGCAAUGACCCUCGACGCCGCCUACCUCCGCGGUUCAAUGGCCGCCAUUCUCUCCGUCCUCCAGCACUCCUCCUGCCCGGAGAACAUCAUCUUCCACUUCGUCUCCUCCUCCUCCUCGUCCAAUUCACAAGCUCUAACUCAAACCAUCGCCACCUCAUUCCCCUACCUGAAAUUCCGAGUUUACCCCUUCAACGACUCGGCCGUCUUGGGGCUCAUUUCCACCUCGAUCCGCUCCGCGCUAGACUGCCCGCUCAACUACGCCCGCAACUACCUGGCCAAUCUCCUCCCGACAUGUGUACGCCGAGUCGUCUACCUCGACUCGGACCUCAUCCUCGUCGACGACAUAUCCAAGCUGGCGUCGACCCCACUGGAGCCCACCCAAGUCCUCGCCGCACCGGAAUACUGCAACGCAAACUUCACCUCCUACUUUACUCCGUCAUUUUGGGCCAACCCGACCCUCUCCCUGACGUUCGAGAACCGCCGGGCCUGCUACUUCAACACCGGCGUCAUGGUCAUCGAUCUGGACAAGUGGCGGGCGGGCGGGUACACGGAUCGGAUUGUGGAGUGGAUGGAGCUCCAGAAGCGGAUGCGGAUCUACGAGCUCGGGUCGCUGCCGCCGUUCCUCCUGGUCUUUGCCGGAAACAUCGCCGCCGUCGACCACCAGUGGAACCAGCACGGCCUAGGCGGGGACAACUUUCGCGGGUUGUGCAGGGAUUUGCACCCGGGUCCGGUGAGCCUGCUACAUUGGAGCGGCAAGGGGAAGCCGUGGGUGCGGCUCGACGCCAACCGGCCAUGCCCGUUGGAUGCUCUGUGGGCCCCAUAUGAUCUGUUACAGACACCCUUCGCGCUGGAGGCUUAG